AUGGUGUUCGCCAUCUUCUACGUGCUCUUCAACCUGGGCCUCGGCGCGUACAUCGUCGGCAACAUGACCAACCUCGACGUGAGCGGCUCCACGGCCGUGCUCGCGUUGCGGGACACGCUGCGCGGCGUCUCCAUGUUCGGGGCCGUGAACGGGCUGCCGGAGGCGCUGACGGAGCAGAUGGCGGAGACCGUGCAACUCAACUUCGACAUGACGGAGCAGCUGCUCCAGCAGCAGCUUUUGUCCGAGAUGCCUAGGGCCGUGCGGUCGGGGAUCGCGCAGCACCUGUUCCGAGACACCGUCGAGGACGCGUACCUGUUCCGGGGCGUCUCCGAGGGCCUCGUCGUGGACCUCGUCGCCGACGCGACGGCGCAGUUCUUCCCGGCCAAGGCCGACAUUGUCCAGCAGAACGAGACCCCGACGGACUGCUACAUCAUCGUGUCCGGCUCCGUCGACGUCUUGGCGACUGCUGCCGACGGGACGGAGACGAUCGUAUCAAGGGCAUGUCGGUGCGGCAUCGCCGGCGAGAUCGGCGUGAUGCUCAACAUCCCACAGCCGUUCACCGUCCGGUGCAGGAGGCUCACCCAGGCCGUGCGCGUCAGCCAAGGCCACCUUCUGCGGGUAGUCCGGCCUCACACCGCCGACGCCGCCAGGGUGAUGUGCAACUUCGUUCAGCACCUUGGAUCUCCCGCGUGGAAAGUUGCAAGGGAAGAAGCGCCAUUGUUCAGGGAGAUCGCAGAUCAGAUUGAGGCCGAAACCGCGACCUCAGCAUCAAUGUCGAGGCGGAGGAGCGAGAUGUUCGACCCGGAGGGACCGGAAGAGGCUGAUCAGCUGAGAAUGUCGCUGCGUAGAGAGGCCAAGCUGCGAGUGGUUAUCCAUCACAAGUCUGAAAAUGCUGCAGGGAUGCUUUUAUGCCUUCCUGGGAAUAUCAAGAAUCCGACACCAAUCGAAGAGCUUCCCGAGGAUCUUCGUCAAAAGAUCAAGGUCAAGUUCUCCGCCGAUCUACAAGAGUUCCUUGCAAGCUGCAAUAAAGAUCGGUGGGGCAAAGCUACUCAAUACCGUGAGCCCAUCUUCGGUGAUCCAAACGCUUCUACAUUCGCUGCACCACAAGUAAAAACUAAUGAAGAGGUAGAAGAUCCUUAUCAUACUCAUGCUGAUUAUGCUAAGAUGUUGCAAGAUCAAAGGACGAUUACUGAUAAUAAUGUCAUGACUGAUGUUAAUAUGCUUAUGGCAUGCAUGGAUAGGCUAGAGGUUAAUGGGCUCAAUUGGAAGAAGGGUUGCAUGAGCACUUGGACAAAGUAA